AUGCUCAAAUGGGACACUGUGCAGAUACUCCCUUCUCCAGAGAGUGGAGUAAAAGGACCGUACAGGGUAAUUUACAAUGCAAUUAAAGGUACCGCAUACGCAAAUAAAAGUAAAUACGAUGCAGUAACUUAUGCAACGCAGGCAACACCGGAGUUCAUCUACCAUGUCGUAGAGAUUGCCCGAUUUUGGGAUGGGCCAAUAAGUCUCUCAGUUUUUGUGCCUAAUUAUGAUCUAGAUAUUACUAUGCAAAUAAUGACUCAGCUCUGCCAAUGUUACUUUGGCAUGUCUAAAGUUUCCUUACAUCUGUUUUAUCCCAAACGUUAUCCGCCUUUAAUAAUAGCAAAAAAACCUGUGUCGCUUUUAUUAACUACUCCUGUACCUUCCACACCAGCAAACAUAACACCAGAGCAAAUUUUGAGAAAUAAAAUGGAAAUGUACAAGAAACUAGACAACAAAACGAGAGCAGAAUAUAUACAGUGGGUAAGAAAAAAGAAAAUAGAGAGAAUGAUGAAGCGAAUGCCUAAUAAAAAGACAACGUUACCAAACAUAAAAUUCAAUGACUGUUCGGGCUUAGAAAACUUUGAUAUAGCAACAUUUAGACGAGAAAAUAAUAUGAUUUAUCCUAUAAAUGUCGGAAGAAAUACCGCUAGGAAUGCUUCUAAAACAAACUAUUUUAUGGUAUCGGAUAUAGAAAUGGUACCAAGUGACGGUCUGGCGACAAAAUUUUUAAAAAUGGUACGAAAAUUAAUGGGUGAUAAAAAGAGAGAUGAAGGUUGUAUAUUCGCAAAAACUAUUUUCGUUGUUCCAUUAUUUGAGGUGGAAAGGGGGGAAGAAAUUCCACGUGACAAAAAUUCCUUAGUACGUUUAGUAGCUGCCAACCGAGCAUUUUAUUUUCAUCAAAAAGUGUGUUCACAUUGUCAAAGAUUUCCUGGAUUACAAUCGUGGUUACUAAGACCGUCGACAAACGUUAUAGAGCCCAUGCUAAUUGCUCGUCGAGAAUAUCCUUACCACAGAUGGGAACCCUUAUACUUUGGUACUCAAAGAGACCCAUGGUAUAGCGAAACGUUGUCCUGGGAAGGGAGACAAGACAAAAUGACGCAGAUGCUGGAAUUAUGUCUGCAAGAGUAUCGUAUGGUGGUCUUAGACGGAGGCUUCCUUUGCCAUGCUGCCGUCACGAAGAGUAUCGUUCGACAUAAUAAUGCGGAACGUUUGAAUAAUAAAAAUUACUUGAGUAUUAUUGGCACGUUCAAGCAAAAGUACCCAGAUAAACCGCAGUGUAGAGUUAUGUGGGGCUGUUAA